GGAUUAUUAUUUUCAACUCGAUCUAGCUAGUGGAGGCUUACUACGACCAAAGUAGAAACUUUUCUCCCAUUGGGUAUUAAGAGUUUCCCUCCAAGUCGAUAGAGGUGGUUAUGUGCGGGUUCCUGGCUCCAAUAAUUGUAUUUACGUGGCAUGGCACCGCACAAUUGGGCAAGGGCAACAUGACUCACAAUUACCCGCGGAGGAGGCGAUGAUCAUUCCGCGCGCUCUGAAUCUUGCUGAGCAGCAUGCAUUAGUGAGCGGAACGGCCCGGAACGCACGGGACGAGCUAUUCCCGGCGGCCUUGGCAUGGCGGUUACUUAUUGUCAUGGGCUGCAAGCUGUCAGACGACCAGUUGCUCCUCUGAGUUUACCAACAUGAUUUGAAGGAAGAAUUGUUUGCUGCCUGCAUACAUCCAUGCUGAAAGACAUGUGCCACUUGGCCCAUCUGUAUUGGUAAAUGGUACUGUGCCGCUGUUAUAAGUUUCUAUCAUACCACCCUGGCAUUUGAUCAGUGUCAAAGGUGAUAUGCUCUCGAACAGGCAAACUUCCAACUGAGCUUGCUUAUAGCAGUCUUCCAUCCCCAGACCUCUACAGUAAGAAAUGGCCCUUUAACUAGAGUGCAAGCAUCAGUCUAAUGAAUUUGAACGCUGCGGUACAGAUAUGAGCAAUAAAAAACGCCUAUUUAUCUCUAUUCACCACCGAGAUGAAAUGUCUCUUCAAGAGGGAAUACGCAAGAUGUACGGUGCAUACCACUGGGGAGUUUUGUUAGCACCUAAGAAGUCCAACGGCCGCGACAACAUGGCAUACGACGUUUCGGACGGUGUUCGGUUGGAUGGUGAAACUGGGCAAGACCUGAACUCGGAAAGAGAUUGGUUCUUCAGGAUUAAGAACAACGUGAAUCUGUUGGACAGUGGGCAGUUAGUUGGUCGGGUCAUGAUCGGAAAAGUUCCUCCGCAAACGACAGAAAAUGAUCUCGAAACCAUCCUCAGGGGUGUUGCUCUGCCAGAUAAGGAAUCAGGAGAAAGAUGUCGCCAUUGGGUUUGGAAUGCCAUAUCCACUCUACAAAAUGAAUCAGUGAUACCGAACUUUGAUAUUGAAGAAUUCAAAGUCUGGAUAUUGGAUUAUGCCAAUCAAUGCCUCGCCAACCCUAGUCCAAGCAAUGUUUGUGAUUAUAAAUAGACAAACUAGUUGCGCGAAACAUUUCCUGGUUCAUCAUAGAGUCUCCAAAGAAGGCGUUCUGCCAUGAGCUCGUCCGCAUAUGAAGGAAGCUUAAGUUUGAUGCUCUCGGGCCAGUCCGGCACCUUGAAUGAAGUGUAAUAUGCCUUUGUUAGAUCCCAAUAUUCUGGGUACCAGCCUGCAAGUGCCCAGUCAACAACUCCCACAAUUCUGCCAUUGCGAAUGAUAAUAUUCCGCGGGGCCAAAUCUGAAUGCGAGAAGAACGUCUGAUAAUUGUUGCUAUGACAAGAUGCAAUAUCUUCCCCAAAAACCUGAGCCGUGUUUUCCAGUGGAACGCCACCCCGUAAAAAAGAGUGGAAGCUGGAAUGAGACUGAAAUGGGCCGACUAGUUGACUCCCAAUACGGUAAUCAAGAAUGGCACCACCCUGCGCGGACGCAACCACUCCUUCUUUGGGGGGAUGAAGUGUUCGAAGUUGAGUCAAGAUAGUUGCAAUAUCAUUGAGAAUGGUUUCUUUUUCCUUGGGUUUCAGGCCGCGCAUCCACAGAGUUUCAAGGUCGGUACCUUGAAUGUGAUCCAUCAUUAUAUAUAUGCCCCCUGGUCCAUUGUAUGAACACCGCACUCGAGGAACGGGAAUUGUGGUGUGUUCUGAGAUGUAGAGAAGCGCUUCAAGUUCUGGGAGCUGGCACGGCCCUUUAAUAACAUGCUUCCGGCCGACCUUAACAACAGUUGGACCUAGGGAUCCAAAGAUUGACCGGGCUAUUCUAAAUCGAGUGUGAAGAAUGAUGGAUUUCAAAUCUAAUAGCCAUUCAAGAACAAAGAUGGGGUUAGCAUUGUCUCAUUAGGUGAUAGGGAUUUGAUUGAGCAAACCUUGUAAUGCCAUCAUUUAAAGCUCUGAGGGUCGAUUAAACACAACCGGCCCAGUACACUAGUGUUGGAAGGGAUCAAAUACAUGAAGAAAAUGCAGGAAGCAGAAAACUUGACCU